AUGACCAAGGAGUGCAGUGCUCUUAUCCAGAAAGACCUACCUACAAAGAAGAAGGACCCAGGAAGUUUUCACAUCCCUUGUGCUAUAGGGGAUACAAUGAUUGACAGAGGGUUUUGUGAUUUUGGAGCGAGCAUAAAUUUAAUGCCCCUGUCUCUCAUGAGGAAGCUGCAAAUCAAUGAGUUGAAAUCCACAAACAUAACCCUUCAGUUGGCUGACAAGACCCAGAAACAAGCAUUAGGAAUGGUUGAAAAUGUGCUGGUGAAGGUAGGGAGGUACUUCCUCCCUACAGACUUUGUUAUUCUUGAGAUGGAAGAAAGCUAUCUUCACCCAAUCAUUCUGGGAAAACUAUUCUUAGCUACAGCCAAAGCACUCAUAGAUGUUGAGAAGGGAGAGCUAAUAUUAAGAAUACAUGACGAACAACUCACCUUUCAUGUCUUCAAACCCUUACAUGAGUCUGAGCAAGAGAACAGAGGCCUGAAGGAUGAUUAUGGGAAAGCAAUUGUGAAGGAGACAAGCAGUAAAUCACAAGCAGAGCCUCUGAAGGCAUCUCUGGUGGACAAACAGGAAAUCCAAGUGGUACAACAAUAA